AUGAUUAAAUAUAAGCGUGAAUUAUUUAGAACUCAGAUUAGACAAUAGUUUCAUUAAAAUGUUUUCAAAUAGAAAAGAGUAUUAGCUAAUACAUAGAUAUAAUAAACUUUUUCUUUUAAUCAAUUAAUUGAUAUGAUUAAAAACCCUAGAAUAAUAACAUAGGAGCAUUUGAAAGAAUUGAAUUCUUGCUUACUUUUUUGUAUUAAUUAGAAACUAUCAAAUGAACAAAUUUAGUUAAUUGAGAACAAUAUUGAUAAUUUACUCUCUCUUUUAAUGUAUUAGAUUAUAAAUAAAAAUACUUUAAUUUUGGAGUCAUUAACAAUAUUUAUCAAUUUAACAUUUUUUUCAGAUGAAAUAUAAGAUAAGUUACUCACUAAUAGCUAUAUGAAUUUCAAUAUUCUUUAAAUUAUAUCAGGAUUAAUUUCAAAUGGAAAUGAAGUUAGAACUGCAUUAGAACUUUUAAUAAAUGUUUGGUGUAAUUCUAAUUCCCAAAAAUUAGAAUAAUUAGAUCUUAUAAUUGCUAUUAAUGAUCUUACUAAUAAUUCUAUUUCUAAAAAUGAUAAUUAGACAAUUUUAUUAAUAUCAAAAUGUCUAAAAAAUUUUGUUAAUUGCAUUUAUGAUGAUUUUUUACUUUUUGAUUGUGAUUAUUUAGUGGAAUUGAUAAAGAAACUAUUAAAUUAUGGAUUAAAAGAAAAACCAUAAUUUAUAUCAGAUUAAAUUGAGAUUUACUGUAUUAUAGUAUAGAAAUUAAAUUUAAACUUUUUAUAAUAAGAUAAAGAUUUAAUACUAAAUUUGAUAAAUUUAAGUAUGGAAUGUAUAACAUUAGUAGAUUAAAUUACUAAAUUAUUAUCCUAUUUUUGUAUUAAUGAAACAGAAUGUUUUUAUGAGUUAUUACAAAAUCAAGUUAUUGAAUAUUGUAAAUUGGUUAUUAGAUUAAAUAACAAUGAAAUAAUACCUUCUGUACUCAAUUUAUUAAGUAUAAUAUUUUUUUAAUUAUCAUAAACUUUCAAUAACUUAUUGUAACCUUUUUAUGAUGAUAAUAUUAUACUUAAAGAAAUUAUAAGGUUAAGUGAAGAUUGUUACCCUAAAAAGGUAAGAGAAGCUUCAAUACGUUGUAUUAAGAUAUUAAUUGAAAGUUCAAAUGAAUUAUAAAUUUAGAAUUUAGUUGAUUUGGAAGCUCAUUUAAUUUUAAUAGAUUUAUUAAAAGACUUUUCUCUUGAUUAAUUUUCUACCUUAUUUACUUUAUAAUCAUUAAAUAAUUUAUUAAGUGUUUUUAGUGUUCAAGCAUUUUAAAUGGAUUAUCCACAUCAUUUAAUGUAAUACGCUUUGUCAAAUAAUUAAGAGAUUGCAGAUGAAGCUAAUGAAAUAUUAUUGAAAUUUGAAGAUGAUUUUCAUAAUAUAUGUUAGUGA